UGCGAUAGCAGCUUGAUGCUAGUCCACUAACUUGUGUGUGGUCAGUCAACCUAAGCAUGAGGUCCGUUGACUGCGUUUUCGUGUUGGUAACGUUAUACGAUUAAAGAAAAUAUUCUGUCGAAAGUGAUGAUAUGGUAAAUAUUUUUUCCGCUUCGUUCAAUUUUGUUAGCUCAAAACGGAAACACGAGCCUCUGCGGAACAGCUAACUCUUCUCUGUAUCCCUCAUCUCCUCCGACAGCGUCCUGUGAAGGCUGCUAGCUAUGAUGUGACUGUGAUAUCCGCCGUCGAGGGAAGUUAUAAUUGACAUUAUCAUAGCUGAAUGGCUAAAGCACCGGUCUGCCUGGCUUAAUUUAACGCUUGAAUGCUCUCAUUUCGAUAGCCUUUUGAGCUCCGCGUCGGAGGGAACCGCUAUAGUUUCUUGGCGGAAAUAACCGAAGAGAGCGUACUCGCGGUGCUGUAGUUCACACCUAAAAAAGAUGUCCUUCUUCAAUUUUCGCAAGAUCUUCAAACUAGGGCCGGAUAAGAAAAAGAAGCAGUAUGAGCAUGUACACAGAGACGUCAAUCCUGAGGAGAUAUGGGAAAUUAUUGGGGAACUGGGAGAUGGAGCCUUUGGGAAAGUGUACAAGGCACAGAACAAGCAGAAUGGGACCCUGGCUGCUGCUAAGGUUAUCGACACAAAGACUGAGGAUGAACUGGAGGAUUACAUGGUUGAGAUUGACAUUCUGGCCUCCUGCAACCAUCAUCACAUUGUCAAACUGCUGGACGCUUUCUACUUUGAAAGCAAACUUUGGAUUCUGAUAGAGUUCUGUGCAGGCGGUGCUGUCGAUGCCAUCAUGCUGGAGUUGGAGAGACCCCUGACUGAGCCCCAGAUUCGUGUGGUGUGUAAGCAGACUUUGGAGGCCUUGGCUUACCUUCAUGAGAGCAAGAUCAUCCACAGAGACUUGAAAGCUGGGAAUAUUCUCCUGUCCCUGGAUGGAGAUGUAAAACUGGCUGACUUUGGUGUGUCUGCUAAAAAUACCAAGACAUUACAGAGAAGAGAUUCUUUCAUCGGCACUCCAUAUUGGAUGGCUCCAGAGGUGGUAAUGUGCGAAACUUCCAAAGACCGUCCAUACGACUACAAGGCUGACAUCUGGUCCCUUGGCGUAACGCUCAUAGAACUGGCACAGAUUGAACCGCCCAACCAUGAGAUGAAUCCCAUGAGAGUGCUACUGAAAAUAGCCAAGUCCGAGCCGCCCACACUCAUGAAUCCCUCUCGCUGGUCACCAGAAUUCAGCGACUUUCUGCGCAAAGCACUUGACAAGAAUGUGGACAAUAGGUGGAGUACAGUACAGCUUCUGCAGCAUCCUUUUGUCACCAGUGUAACUGACAGCAGACCUCUCAGAGAACUCAUAGCUGAACCCGGGCACAAGCGAGCACCUUCUGAUGUCAGUGUGGCCAGCUCAGAAGAUGACAAAGUUCCAUCAACUCCCUCCACUCUUGAGGCUGUUAAAGAAAAGAUGGAAGUUGAGCCUGCUGAGGACCAGACUAGUGAUAAGUUAUCUGAUGAAGGACUUGGAACAAGUGAGGUAGACAAGACUGAGGAGGAGAAAUUAAAUGAGGUGUCUGAUGCCAGUAAUGAAGACCUGGCAUCUGGACUAGUAGAGCCCAGCAAAGAUGUCAUCUCACAUGACUCCACAGAGCCUAAACCAGAAGAGAGUCAAGGUGAAGAGACGUCUGCUGAGCAAGUAGUUUCACAGCCAGAAGAACCUGUAAAUACAACAGACAACCAAGAACUUGUCACAGAAACAGAGGAGGAACAGAAGGAGACAGAAGAAAGGAUAAUGGGUGAUGAAACUACCCAGGUAAUGGAGGAAGAAAAAGAGCCAGAGCAGGGGAAGCAAGAGAAAGAAAAAGAAGCUGGUAAAGAAGAAUCCAGAGAAUCACAAGCAGAACCUGAAGAUGCAGAAAAAACAGAAUCCAUUCCAAGAGAUGAGCCAGAGGUAGAAAAAGAAAGCAAAGAAUCCGAGGAGGAAACGACUGAACCCAAACUAACAGAGAACACAAUGGAAGCCAUGGCUAAUGGCACAGAUGAAAAUGUAAACAUUGAGAAUAUGGAAUCAGAUGGAAGACACACGUUUAUAAAUGAAGACACAAAAUUAAGUGUGGAUGAGUCAUCUGCUGAGCCUAUAGAAACAAAACCAGAAGAGAAGCCUAUGGAUGAGGCCCAUGAGGAGUCACAGCAGCCUGAACAAGAGAGCCAGAUCACAGAGGAAGCUGAGCUAAAGGAACAAGUACCAACUGAGUCUACAAAUGGCAUCUGUGAUGAAGUUAAAGACACCCCUGAGGAUUCAGUGGUCCCACCUAAAGAUUCCUGUGUGAACGAAGAAGAAGAGAAAGCAACCCACGCAGAUGAGAGCACUUCCCAAGAUGCUGUCUCUGUCCAAGAGAGCGAAACGGAUUCAGAAGCCAAGAUGGAGCAAGGAAGCCCUGCUGUGAUCAGGCCAGAUGUGGAGAAGGAUUCUGACUCUGGGAGCAGCUCUGCUGCUGAUAGCAACAGCCUCGACCUCAAUCUGUCUAUCUCCAGCUUCCUGUCUAAGAGCAAAGAAGGGGGCUCUGUGUCCUUGCAGGAGUCAAAACGACAGAAGAAGACUCUUAAAAAGACACGCAAGUUCAUGGUGGAUGGUGUGGAGGUUAGUGUGACAACGUCUAAGAUAGUGACUGAUAACGACACCAGGAAUGAGGAGAUGAGGUUCCUGAGGCGGCAGGAGUUGAGAGAGCUUCGCCUCCUCCAGAAAGAGGAGCAAAGGGCCCAGCAGGAGCUGAGCGACAAGCUGCAGCAGCAGCGAGAGCAGAUCUACAGGCGUUUUGAACAGGAAACUACUGCUAAAAAGCGUCAAUACGACCAAGAAGUGGAGAAUCUUGAGAAGAAGCAGAAACAGACCAUUGAGCGACUGGAACAGGAUCACACCAGCCGGCUCCGAGACGAAGCCAAACGGAUCAAAGCAGAUCAAGACAAGGAGCUCUCAAAGUUCCAAAACAUGCUGAAGAACCGCAAGAAAGAGGCAGUGGCCCAGGUUAUGAUACAGUCUUUUCAGUUGUCCUCAUGCGCACUCUUCAACGCUCAGAUGCAGGAUGAGCAAGAGUUCCUACAGAAGCAGCAGCAAGACUUGGAUGGAGCUCUAAAGAAAAUCAUCCAGCAGCAUAAAGUGGAGAUUGCCACGAUUGAGAGAGACUGCCUUAACCACAAACAGCAGUUUAUGAGAGCUCGAGAGGCAGCCAUGUGGGAGCUGGAGGAGCGCCAUCUGCAGGAAAAGCACCAACUGCUGAAGCAGCAGCUGAAAGACCAGUACUUCAUGCAGAGACACCAGCUGUUAAAAAGGCAUGAAAAGGAGAUGGAGCAAAUGCAGGGCUACAACCAGCGUCUGAUAGAGGAGCUGAAGAACAAACAGACUCAAGAGAGGGUGCGUCUGCCCAAGAUCCAACGGAGCGAGGCCAAGACCCGCAUGGCUAUGUUCAAGAAGAGUCUCCGCAUCACCGCCACAGCAUCCAUCACCGCAGAGCAGGAGAGAGAGCGGAUAAAACAGUUUGCUUUGCAGGAAGAAAAGAGACAAAAGGGCGAGAGAAUGCACCAACACCAGAAACAUGAGAACCAGAUGAGAGAUUUGCAGCUACAGUGUGACUCAAACAUCAGGGAGCUGCAGCAGCUGCAGAAUGAGAAAUGCCACCUUCUGAUUGAACAUGAGACCCAAAAGCUGAAGGAGCUGGAUGAGGAACACAGCCAAGAGAUCAAGGAGUGGAGAGAGAAGCUAAGACCAAGGAAGAAGGCGUUAGAGGAGGAGUUCACACGGAAGCUCCAGGAGCAGGAGGUCUUCUUCAAGAUGAGUGGUGAAUCUGAAUGCCUUAAUCCAACCACUCAGAGUCGAGUAUCCAAAUUUUAUCCCAUCCCAAACCUGAAUAACUCUGGCUUGUAGCCUAAUGUUCGUCCGUGCUGCAAAGCAGACUGCUGUCAAACUCUGCUCUCAAACUCGACUCCUCCAGAGUUUAAAAAGGAGUGGAGUUUGAAGGACGAGCCGAGGCGUCAUUUCUCUGACCGCUAACUGAAAAACGUGAACACGUUUCACUACUUAAGUUCCACCAUUCGCAAGCAUGACGUGCCUACACACCGUUCCAUUACUUAAUUGGGUUUCCUCAGCUUGCUGGGAAGACUCUAAAUGAAUGAUAUGCACUUGUUUUGAGCAUGUUCAGAUUUUUAAAAGUCUGCGGUUGGUAGCUGAGAUCAGUCAUGCUUUUCAGAUUAUUAUCGUUAAGCUCAGCUCUGCUACAAUAUGAAUAAUCUCCAGUGCCUCGUGUUCUUUUUUUCUCUGCGUUUAGGCCCUUCCCUGCAUUUUCUGCAGCUUGCAGUAAAUAAAUUCCCACCUGAAUGUUUUGCACUUAAAAAAACUGGUUAUCAAUUCUGCUCAUAAUCACAAGAUGUCAUGAGAUCAGUGUAAUCGAUUCACACAAGCUGGUUAUCAAAGACUGCUCUGAGAUUUAGUUUGGCUGCAUGUAGUAGUAGACCUUGCUGAAGGGCGACGGAGUCAAAAGACAACCAUGUAUAGAUGUAAGACUUUGUUAUGUCUGUGUAGUCUUCUGUGCACAGUGUCUGAUGUCUAACGGGAGUUAAAAUGUUGGGAUCGGGAGGCUGUGAGUUCAGAUGAAAAAUAAUGUACUGUGUUGUAGGUGUGUACCUAGAUAUGAGGUUUAAAUAAAUACUGUGCUUGCCAGAAGCAUUUCACCAUCUUAAGAGAUGAAUGAACAAAAAAUAUAUCUGUUGAUUUAGCACAUAAUUUGAUUUCAGUGCCGGUCAGCAAAACACAGAGGUGGCCUGUUGGGUUGGGGGUUUUUUUGGGUUGUUUUUUGGUUUUUUUUGACGUUAACUAAAUCAGUUCUCCCUUUGACUUUGAGCAGCAAUCUCACAAACUAAUGACGUCUUGUAAAGAAUAAUUACCGAAGGAAUGUAAAGCUUUUGAUUUGCACUGUAUUGCCACAUGAGCUAAAGAAAAAAAAAUAUGCAGUAGAAAAUUUUGCCUCACCAAAGCCUAAUCAAACUCCAAGCUGAAUUGUUUCAACAUAUUGUUUUCCUUUUAUUAAAAUUACUUUUAGCUUCUUCUUUUUUUUUUCUUUUCCUUUUUUUCAAAUAUGCCCUUAGUAUUUUACAGCCAUGCCUAAUCGAAGCCUGUAUUCCUGGUAUGCUGUAAUCGCUCUUCAUGGUGAACUUUUGCACUUGUUGAGAGCAGUCCUUUAACUGUACGAGUUUCAGUGUGUGAGGAGAUGCCCUCUGCUGCGUUUUACGAUAAAGUAUUGAUGGUUCACAACAAGAAAUUACUGUAGUUUCAUUUGCCACCGUAUAGCAUCGAUGCAUGUUAUAAUUUCUGUAUGCUUAUAUAUAAACAUUGAUUUGAUUUUUGUCAUAAAUGCUGGAUUUUUAUUGGAGUUUCUGGAGGCUGUCAUGUGAAUUACACCAUUCGACCAAUAGAUUUCAAAUAUUUUUUUAUUUUGUUAUGUUACAGCAUUUUAAUGUUUCAUUCUAUCACAAUGAAUAUUCUUUAGUAUAUGCAUUUUUUAUGUCAGAUGAAAUGUAUUUAAUGUGUCUUUAUAU